AUGGAAAAUAAAAUAUACAAUUUAAAUAUUCUUAAAAAAUAUAUAGAAAAUAAUAGAAAUAAGCUAAAUGACUAUAAAACGGAAAAUGACUCAGCUAAAUUAAGAAAUAAUUUAUUCUUAAACUUAAAUGUUCCAAUUCCUGCAUUGAAUCACAUCAUUGACGAAAGUAAAAAUAUGAUAAAAGAUGACUUUUAUAAUGAAAAAUAUAAUUAUGAAACAUUCAAAUACUCUAGAAACCUCUUAGACAUAAUUAUGAAAAUUUCUUUAAAAAAAAAUUGUUUUCAAAGAAAUCAUGAAUAUGAAAAAAAAAAGGAUACAAAUCAAAAUGGCAAUGUAGGAGAAAAAAAAAGUACGUACAAUGAUAAGGAAAAUGAAAUAAGUAAAAAUGGUAUUGUUGAUGAAGAAAGAAAUGAAGAAAAGUUAUCGUGUUUGCAUAAUUUUGAUGUGAAAAAUAUUAUUUCUGAAGAAAAAGAAGAAGAGAUUAAUUAUUAUCCUGGUUUUUGUAAACAAUUGGGAGCAAAAGGGAGAAGAUGUAUGUUAGAAUUAAUUCGUAAAGCAUAUAGAGAAAAUACUUCCUUAUGUAAAAAUAUUUUAUCUCAUAAAAUUAAGCCACCUGCUUGUAUUUCAAACUUACCUUUCUUUAAUAUUAAUAUGCUAUGGAAACUCUCUUACGAAUUUGGUGUUUUUGAUGAAGCAUUAAAAAUUCACAAAAUAUAUGGGCAAAAUUCAAACCCUCUUAAUCAAUAUUUAAAAAAAGGUAAUAGUAGUGACUUAUUGAAAAAUAAUAAAAAUAAAGAUACAAAGAAAAAGAGAAAGAAAAUUGAUAUCUUCAAAAAAGAAAGAAAUAACAGUAAUGAUGAACAUAAUGCAAAUGUUAAAAACAAUAAUAAUUUUAGUAUAUUGGAAAAUAGUUCGAAAUCUAUUAAUAAUAUGAUGUCAAAUGAGAUAAAUUUAGAAAAAAAAAAGAUAGAAUGUAAUGAAAAUAAUAAUAAAGAUAGUUUUUCUUCUUAUGAUUUAAAAGUAAAUAACAAUAAUGAACAGCAAAGCAAAAAGAAAAGAAGGAAAUAUCAGGAAUAUGAAAUACAUAAGGAAGAAAAAGAAUAUAUGGAUAAUGUAGAAAAACAAGAAAAUUCUAAUAAUGAAAAAAAAAAAUUAAUUUUAGAAGAACUUAGCAUAAACAAAUAUUCGAAUAAUUGCUUCAAACGAAAUUCUCAGGAUGAUUGCAUAUCAUUAAUUAUUAAUAAAAUAAAAGAAAAUUUAUUGCAUAAUAAAAAAGAAAAUUCAUGUAAUAAUUUAAAUAGUUCAACUAAUGAUAUUGAUGCUUUCAAAUCUUUUCAUUUAGAAGAGUCAAAUAAUUUGGAAAAGAAAAUUAAAAAUAUAUCAAAAGAAGAUACUUAUUUUAAAGUAUGUAACUGUAAUUGCCACAGUAAUUGUAAUUAUGAUAAAAAUAAAUGCGAAAACGAAAUGACCGAUAUUAUUAACUUAAUAAAAAAUGAUCUCAUCUACACGAAUGAUAAUUCUAUUGAAAUGAUUAAUAAUUUAUACCUUAAUAAGAAAUGUGAAAAACAUAAAAUUAAUUUUGUAAAUAAUAAGUUAAAUAAAAGUUUAAUAAGUCAUAUUAGAAAAAAUAUUAAAAUAAUUAAUGAUGAUGAUAUAAGAACAACUAAUUUUGACAGUGCUAUGGAAAAUGUUUAUGAGUUAAAUUUUUUAGAUAAGUUACUUUAUAGUUUUAGUGAUAGAAAUGCUAUAUUAUUAAACAUAAAUAAAAAAAAUAUAUUUACAAUUACAUGCAAAGACAAUCAAGAAAGUGAUCAUUAUUUAUUACUCAUUCCUUUUAAAAAAAAUGAAAAAAAAAAUAAUAUUAAUAAAUGUGAUGAAUUGGAUAUAGAUAGAUUACAAAAUGGUAGCAAUACACCUUUGUUAAAUCAGAAGAAUAAUUUCAAUUUUGAUAUUAAUGUUAGCUGUAAUAAAAAAUUAAAUGUUAAUAAUACAAAAAUAAAAGAACAAAGUUCUCAUCAAAGCUUUAAUGAAUGUAAUGAUUAUAUUAAUGAAGAUAAUAGUAAAGUGAAAAGUGAAAAAAUUAAAAAUAAAAAUAAAAAUAUCAAUAAAAAAUGGCAAAAUUUUGCUAACAUAGGAUCGAAAAAAGAGAAUCGUAGUUUUGACUCAAAAAUAUAUGAAUGUUUAUCUUGUAAGCUUUCUAGUGAUACAUAUAAGAAUCCUUUUUAUAAAUCUGAGAACAUAAAAAAGAACUCAUUGAUUAAAAAUAAAUCACAUAUAAACGGAAAAGGUUUUGAAAAUUUUAACUCAAUAUUAGAUACUCUUACAGAUAAUAAAAAAAAUUAUAUGAAGUAUUCCCAAGUCUCUCCUAUACCAACUGAUGAUUCUACAACAGAUUAUAGCAAUUUAAAAAAAAGUGAAAAUUAUAUUGAUAAAAAUAAAACAUCACAGCUAUUUACUGAUGAAGAAACCAAUAAUAAUGUAAGCAAUGAUUGCUUUCACUCUCCUAGUAGCCGCUUAACAAGUAUUGAUUCAAAUAAGUUCAUACAUAAUAAUAAAAGAGAAUACACACAAAAAGAGAGGGAACAUCCUAAGAAACGUAUUAAUGAUUCUUUAAAUUCAUCUUUUCAACAAAUAAUUAAGCAGUGUAUAGCAAACAAAAAAGAUAACACUAUAAAUUUAUUGAAUGAAAUUAUGUCAAAUAAAAAAAAUUUUUUAAAUUGUAUGAAAAAUAAUAUUUACCAUUAA